AUGGGAAACGUCACUUGCAUCCCGAUUUUGUGUCGUCCCUUUGUCAAGAAAUCGUUGAAGAGGGCCAGGAAGGUCACGACCGCAUUUCACAACAUCCACCGCCAGCUGGAGAACAUAUCCGCGCAUGGGAGCAAGGUGCACAAACAUCUUAGCUUUGUCAAGCAAACCGACGGAGUUCACCUUCGCCGCGAGCUCGACGGUUUAGGUGGAAGGCAGGCCUACCAGGAGGCCUCGGUGCUGACCACCACUCGGCACCGCACGUGCAAGUGGGUUUUCGCUAUGAUCACAAGGCUCGGGCUAAGGCCGGGCAAGCAAUCCCCCCCCCUCAGGCUUCUUGAGGUCGGAGCUGUUAAUACUCAGCUCAUGUCUGUCCCUUGGCUCGCGCACCCAAAAAUAGAUCAGGUAGACUUCUUCGAUCUUGAACCAGCCUCGACCUACGAUGUCGUGGUCCUAUCCAUGGUCCUGAACUGCGUUCCCUCGCCGUUUAAGCGCGGACGCAUGCUUGCGCUGGCUAAGCGGCAUCUAAAACUUGGUGGUCAUUUCUUCUUGAUGGCGAGGCCGCAAAUUCCUAGACGAUGCCUGGAGAACUCGCCGUUCUGCACAUCAAACUUCCUUGAACAACUGUUGUUUGCGUUGGGACUAAAGGUUUUAAAGUUAAAGCGCUCUCCAAAAGUUGUGUUUGUGUGUGCUAAGCGAGUCGCAGGCCUUCACAGCUCACAGUUGUCAGACGACUUUGCUGUAUGUUGCGAAGAGGAAGACUUUGCUUAA